AUAGGCUGCAUCGUGAAAAGACAGGAUAGCGAUGGGAGGAGGGUUUUUUUCUGCCCUGAGUGGGCAGGCCCUUAAAGCACGGCGUGGUUAUAUUAUUGGCGCAUAGCUGUUAAAUGAUGAAGAAUUUUAGAGAGGUUGCCGGUGGUCCAACCAAUCGCGUACCGAGGUGUGGCCCCGUGAAGGCGUGGUCUAAGCGAAGAGGGGCCGUCCCAGAAGCGGAAGUGUGUCUCGGCUGAUCUUUCGCUGUCAUUCGGCCACGGUCGGUUCCAGGAGAGAGGGGCAGCCAAGAAGCAAGCAAGCACACACACAGAGGAUCGGCUGGCUCUGAAGGAGAGACAGUUAGUGAGAAGAAAAGAAAAUAAAGCGAACAAUGAAACCGAUCGAAUAAGGCUUUAUGAACGAACCGAGUAUAAGUCACACACUGCCACGUUAACAAAGCUCUUCGAUGAUACGGUCCAGAUUACAGGCAGCAGAUAGAGAGCUGUGUCAUUGAGCAGGCAGGACACGUCAGGAGAAGGGAGAGUGAAAAAAAAGAGCUGACCGACUGCACUGUACGAGUCAGCUACUAAAACCGCCUCUGAAAACCUUUGCCUGCCGCACUCAUUGUUUCAAGGACACCGUCUCGCUCUCAGCCCGAGGGAAAGGAUCUCGACACAGACGACGCCGAGGUCGAAAGGUGGUGAUCAGAAGGACCAAACGAUCACGGGAUAGCACUUGUCUGUGGGGGGAGAAAACAAAUGGGGGAUUACGGGUUUGGAGUUCUAGUUCAAAACAACACUGGCAACAAGUCUGCAUUCCCUGUCCGAAUCCACCCGCAUCUGCAGCCCCCUCAUCAUCACCAAAAUGUGUCGCAGAGCCCUGCCGCUUUCAUAAACAGCACCACAGCCGCAGGGAAUGGCACCACGGGAGGCUCUCCCUGGCUCUUCCCUGCCUCCGCCACCCACAACAGCGUGCAAGACGAAAUCCUGGGGGGGCCAGAAAAACCCAAAGCACAGCAGCAACAGGAAAUGCAAGAAACGCAAGAAAAGCAGCAGUUGUCUCCUGGGAGUCACCAAGAGGGUGGAAGUGGCGUUGGGAUAAUUUCAGAAUUGGAAAAAGCCAGGUCCGAGGAAGGCAAGACAGAGAAUGGCACAUCUGACAGCAGUAAUGGAAAAGAGAAGCAGCUCCGUCUUGAGUCACCUGUUCUGACAGGCUUUGAUUACCAGGAGACAUCUGGUCUCGGGGGUACGGGCCCAGUUCAGUCCAGUACAACCUCGUCAUCGCUUUCUGGCUUUAACAACUGGUCACCCGCCAUCCCACCUGCGCCAUCAACAAUCAUCAACGAGGAUGUCAGCUUUUUCAACCCGGCGUCUGCCAGUAACGGGCCUCUGCUGUUCCAGAACUUCUCACACCACGUCAGUCCAGGGUUUGGUGGGAACUUCUCCCCCCAGAUCGGACCAGCUGCUGCCUUGUCCCAGCACCACCCGGCUCCCCCACCUCAUCCCCAUUUCCAGCACCCCCACAGCCAACACCAGCAGCAUCGGCGUUCUCCAGCUUCUCCCCACCCACCACCGCCCUUCCCACACAGGAAUGCAGCUUUCAGCCAGUUGCCGCAUUUGUCCAACAGCCUGAACAAGCCCCCGUCUCCCUGGGGUCCAGCCAGCUACCAGAGUCCCUCUCCCUCCCCCGGCUCCUCCACUUCCUGGAGUCCCGGAGGAGGAUAUGGUAGUGGUGGCGGCUGGGGAGGAUCUCAAGGCAGAGAUUAUCGACGCGGGCUGAAUGGCGGGAUGACUCCCAUUAACUCUAUCUCCCCAUUGAAGAAGACCUUCCCUAACAACCAUGUGGCAUCCCAGAAGUACCCUCGAAACAGUCCCGCAGGCUUUAACCCCAAGUCCUGGAUGGAUGAUGGAGUUGGCCGCAGCGAUAACAUCUUCCCCUUUCAGAUGGAGGAUGGGCGUAGAAUGGCCUCCCUGUCGGUGUGCAUGUCUGAGAGAGGGAGAGGGACUGAUUAUGAGCGCACCAGGUCAUUUGACAGCUUCAACAUGAACACUCUGGAGAGCUCCCUGAUUGACAUCAUGAGAGCUGAGCAGGACAGUCUGAAAGGUCGUCUUGGUUUUCCUCACCCAGGAGGGGACAACCCUCUUCCCCUCAAUGCCAGGAAUUAUAGCAGGAGACGAGGCCACUCUUCUCUCUUCCCCAUAGAGGAUGGUUUCCCUGAUGAUGAACGUGGAGACCAGGGUCUCGCAGGCCUAGGUUCCCCACACUGCUUUCCGCACCAGAACGGAGAGCGCGUGGAACGCUACUCGCGCAAGGUCUUUGUUGGAGGACUGCCCCCAGAUAUAGAUGAAGAUGAGAUAACAGCCAGUUUCAGACGCUUUGGACACCUGUUUGUGGACUGGCCUCACAAAGCUGAGAGCAAAUCCUAUUUUCCUCCCAAAGGCUAUGCCUUCCUGCUGUUCCAGGACGAGAGCUCAGUGCAGGCUUUGAUCGAUGCCUGCAUCGAGGAGGAUGGCAAGCUGUACCUCUGCGUGUCCAGCCCCACCAUCAAAGACAAGCCGGUCCAGAUCCGCCCAUGGAACCUGAAUGACAGCGACUUUGUGAUGGAUGGAUCUCAACCUCUUGACCCAAGGAAAACCAUCUUUGUGGGAGGAGUUCCUCGCCCACUCCGUGCAGUGGAGUUGGCCAUGAUAAUGGACCGCCUGUACGGUGGAGUUUGCUACGCUGGCAUCGACACAGACCCCGAGCUGAAGUACCCCAAGGGAGCGGGGCGGGUCGCCUUCUCUAAUCAGCAGAGCUACAUUGCUGCUAUCAGUGCUCGCUUUGUACAGCUGCAGCAUGGAGAAAUCGAUAAACGGGUGGAAGUGAAGCCAUAUGUGCUGGAUGACCAGCUGUGCGAUGAGUGCCAGGGAACUCGCUGCGGUGGGAAGUUUGCGCCGUUCUUCUGCGCCAAUGUCACCUGCCUACAAUAUUAUUGCGAGUACUGCUGGGCGGCCAUCCAUUCGCGCGCCGGCCGCGAGUUUCACAAACCCCUGGUGAAAGAGGGAGGUGACCGACCCCGUCACAUCUCCUUCCGCUGGAACUGAGCGGAAAUUAGAGAGGGAGAGGCAACAGAGGAGCAGGAGGGCAGGUAGUGCAGGAGUCGCAAAAUCAUUGUACAAAUAAAUGCACUUUUCUGUUGCUGGUUCCUUUUUGCUCCACUUUCACCCGACAUUUUUUGCAAUUUUUUUGUUAAAUUAAUAUUUAAAGACGGAAAAGAAAGAUUGGAUUUAUAUCCAGAUAUGUCAAGGAAGCAAAAAAAAAAGAAGAUGUGUAAUAUGAUUUUAUUUAUGUUUGAUUUUUAAAAUAUUUUUAUUAGUUCUAAAAAAAAAAAAAACUUAUAUAGAAAAGUUUGAGGUGUGAUAUGGUACUCUGCUAUUUUAAUUGGGAUAUUUUUCUAAACAGUGUAUUUUAUUUUAAUUUUGAUACAAGAGGCCCCGAAACAAAUACUUGUCAUUUGACAUUCAGCUGACUUGUUUUGUAGCAGAGCUCUUACAUUUUAUUUUGUAUCGAGUCUCCAGAGCAAAUGCUGUUUGAACAGAAUAUGAUUGGCUAUUUAUUUCUGAGAGGUAGGAUUAAAGUGCCCCUAUUUUGCAUAUUUGCAUAUGUUUAAAGUCUCAGUGUUUCAUGUGAGGGAGGCGAGUGUUCACUCAAAUAGAUUUUGUGAAGUCCAAAAACAAGAUUUGGGUCAUACUGUUCACUGCUGCAGUGCCUGUCUUUAACCCUCUGUGUGAAACUCUCCGUUUUGCCUCCUGUCUCUUUAAGCCCCCCCCCCCUGACAUAAGUCACAAAACAAAAACCUUUGACAGUUUCAAACAGUACAGCAGUAUUUUAUAUAUAGUUAAUAUAUAAAAAAUCAACAUACACACACACACACACACACACACCAGACUAAAGGAUAUGGAAGAACCCAAAAGGCAUAAUAGGGGCACUUUAAGUUUGCUAUUGAUAGCUGAGGCUCCAGAGCAAAUGUGAAUUAAAAAGGGUGUUGCUAAAGAAGAGUGCACUUAUUUCCAGUUUAAGUACUGAAGAUACACAGUACGUAAGACCCUUAGUAGUUACCAAAGCUGAAUCUUAAUUCACUCUGACGAGCAGAAAGAGCCCACUGCAGAACGAAAUGGAUUCGUUUUCCCUUCCCAGAUCAAAAACGUUCGAACCUCUCGUUAUGAUUUCCAGGACCAUACAAACAUUUUGAUGUUACUUGAAAAUCUAAACAAAAUUUUAGCAACACUGAUUAGGGUUUCGAUCUCCAUUUUGACAUGCAAAAACUAAUACCUCAAACUCCGCUGCUAAUGUGCCGAAUACAGAGAGAGAGAGAGAGAGAGAGAGAGAAAAAAGAAACCAAGAAAGAAAACAUCAUCGCUCUCUGGUGUUCUCCUUUCCUCAGAACUAUAAUCAGAGGGAAGUGAUACAACAGGCAGAGUGUGAUGUAACUGGCACAGUUUUCUACUCAACUUGCUUCAUCACCUCCUUAUUUUUGUAAUCAAACCCAGGGUUGUGCUAGUGACAGAGCAUCGUAAAAUAUACAGUGUAUUAUUGGAAUGUAUGGUAAAGGGAGGCUACAGGAGAGACAGGCUUAGUGGUGAAGAGAGAAAUUCAGCCCCAGAUCCCCUCCUCGUGUCUGCCUGCGGCCUCUGCUGCUAAGCUUACAGCUAACAAACAGAAGGCCUCAUUCGUGGAUCACAACCUGCUCGAGGCUUGAAUCCACGUCCUUCAGGACCGAGGUUAAGGCAACGUGUCACUGAAGGACGGUAUUGCAGUUUUUAAUGGGGCUACCACCAAACAGGAAAUACCUGUCUGUGUUAGUUUUGUUUUAAUGCAUUUGUGCAAUUCUCCCAAGUCUUUAAUGGAAAAAAAAAAAGUUUUACUUUGCAUCCAAGGGUUAGUUACAUUUAAUGAAAGAAGCAAUUAAAAGUUUAUCUGACUUUGGAAUCGUCAUCACAUGUAGGGAUCUGUCCUUGAAGCCAGGUCCCUGCCAAGCUAAUCCAACUCAGCAUCCAGUGUUUUUGAAGCAUAAAUGAAGAUAGUCUCUGAAGUGUGCUCUACUACUGCACACUUGUGACCCACAUGCAGUUUGCUCUCCAUAACGAGAUUGCAGGUCCAGUCGACUGUAGCCAGCGGCUUUUGGGAACCAAAGAUGGCUGUGCAGUAGUGGGUCAUACUGUAGCUUGUUACUUGUGUGGAAGUUUUGGUUUUUCUUUUUCAUUUUCUUCAAGGACGUUUUGCAUAUAUAUAUUUUUUGUUUUCCUAAAUCUGUGAUUUCUACCCAGUUUUGCUUAACUGUCAAGCCCUGAUAGACUCCAGCGAACCAAAGAUUGGCCUUGAACAUCGUCUUUACAGAAUGCAUUAUGCAUAUGAACGAUAGUGCCGUGAAAACCAUCAGAACAUCAGUAUGGGGGGGGGGGACAAAACAGGGCUUGCGAGACAUGCAAACAAGGCCUCACACUCCCUCCGUAGCUCAAAAUGGAGGUGUGUGCUGUCAGUUAGGCGCUAGUUAUUUUUAUCUGAAAUGGAUUUGUGCGUUUGGGAAAAGUAACACAAAAAGUACACCUUCCCACGGCGAAAGUAAAACUAAUCCUUACCUUUGUUUGAGUCACUCAGUGGUAACCUUAUUAGCCGAGCAUUUAAAUGUCAGGGAGUUAGUACAGAAACUUGAUUAUUACACACACUAGUGAGAAUCCUCAUAUCGGCGCGGUGUUGUCGGCACCAGUUUUGCACCCUGGACAUUAGUUUUGUGGGUGUGGUGGGUGAGCAUUUUAGAAGUUAAAACACUUUGUGAAGAAUUUGCUGUUAAAUGAGAUGAAAAAAAAAGAUUAUUUUAUACAUGGCCUGCUGAUUUUUGGUACAGUGUUUUCUAGCUAAAUUAUUUUGUCAUGCACAUAUAAACAUUUAUUAUGCACUACUUUUCUAAAUAUUUUUUGUUUCUUUUUCCAACAGUCAUUUUAGGCACAUUUUUCACAAAUGGGGAAACUCCUUUUUGCAAUACCUCAAUUUUUCACAUUGUGAAAGGUAGCUUUUGUACUUUUGUUACUGAAAGAUCUGCAUAUAUGGAAAUGUUCAUUUUAGGAAAAACAAAAAAAGUUGAGUGAUUUCAAUAUAUAUUAUUUUCAAUUAUGCUUUUUAUACAUUUCAGUGCUGAGGAAUCUUUACAACUAAGUGCGCACUUGUGUUGAUGCGACUUCAGAUGUGCAGAGGAGAGACCAAAGUGUAUCGCUCUCUUGGUCUUAGCUUUUCUUACACUAGAUGUUUUCCAGUCGAUCUGGUCAAUAAGAGCAUGGCGAGAAAAAGAAAGAAAGAAAGACAUAUAAUUUGGGAUUGAUGUUAAUGUGUCUAAAAAUGGCUAUACUAGUUGGAAAUGGUAACUUCUGUCUUGGUUUCCUCUCCAUAGAUGGAGCAUAACUUAUUAUAUAAGGAGAAUGCAAAAUUUGGUUCACGCUUAACGCUGAAUCUCGUAUCACAAGAAUGGAUGUUUGGUGUUUAGAUAUUUUAAUAUUUGAAAAAAAAGUAUAUAUAUAUAUUCUUGAACUUGCCAACUAGCACCUAUUGUAAUCCUUAGCAUGCAUGACGAAAAAAAAAAAAAGAAAAUGACAAGUACAAUGAAUUAGCUAUUACAAUUAAUUGUUGUGGUGUGCACCAAAUGUUUCUCAACUAUUCAGUUAAGGACACCCCGAACCCGCUCUCACCUCACCCUCUUCCCAUGUUCCCGCCCCACGUGUCGAUUUCCUCGCUUCCCCAUUCGCAGACCUCUGCAGGAUGCACGUGACAGAGAGAUAAAAGAAACCUACCUUUGAAUUGAUUUGGCAGUGCAGGACUUUGAGCAUCCUUUAUAUAGAGAACACUGUUUAAAAAGACUUGAGAACCUGUCCCCGCUGUCUGUCGAGGUGAUCUUACAUAGACCUAUCUGGAGGAAAGGGGAGCUUAAAGACUUGAAUGUGGUAAAUGUUGCAAGUUAACUUCAAGUUGUUAUGUGCAAUACUUCUUUUGAACCUUUUUCCAGAUAAAGACUCUUUGCAAUGUAAUUCUUUAAUGCCAUUUUUAAUUGCAGACAUUUAAUUAAAGAAGAUGUUAAUAUGUUUUUCACAGUCAUUUUCUACUGUUAUUGUAAUCCUUUUCAUGCUGGUGUUUGUAAAAAAGAAAAGAAAUCAAACUAUUUGUACUAAUAUAAAUAAUUGAAGUUAUUUUUAAAACAUUAAAGGUUUUGUGCUCAUUUGCUUAUUUUGUUUAUUUUAAGCUACUGUGAUUGAUUGCAUUGUAAUUAUUAGGUCAACAAUGUAUUUAGCUGUUUAUUGGUAUAUUUUUAAUUGGAAUGUAUAAUUGAUUUUUAUAAUUUUGAUCAGAUUUUUGUUAUAUUUUUGAGGUGAAGCUUUUAAUAUGUUAAAGUGUCUAGUUUUUACUAAUUGCUAUAUUGUGCUCCACAAUAUAUGGUUCACAUUUUCUGAAGGAAAAUAAAUAUUUAAAUAUUUGUCUGUUAAUGAUGUUACUUAAUGGCAAGAUUUCAAUAGUUUUUAACUGUGUAUGGGAAGGUUGUUGUAUUUAUUAAUAGCAUUUUUUUACUUAAGAUAUCACCUUAAUUUUUAUUGUCAUUUCACUUUAUAAGUUCCUAUUUUUGUAUUUUCCUUUCUAAUUAAGUUAUGUAAUACGGAUAUGUCCAUAUUUCUAGGAGUUGGUCUGUAGAAGUGCUAGUGAAACGAAAAAGAAAAAUCUAAUGUUAUUUAAUUGUUUGCAGCCAACUAUUUAUAACAGUAUGCAUAAUUUUUAAAUAUUUGUAAUGUGAAAUGUUGAAUGAAAUAAAUCUUAACUGUGAUGAAA